GUCGAAUUCCGACCGCAUCGUUGUGGUCCGCUCUCUCGCCAAAGAUUUUAGCCAUGACAGACCUGACCUAUGGCUAUCUGUACAUGAUGCGAUACGACCUGCAAGUCCUGGAUACCAUUGGCACUCCUGACUAUCUGAGCGGCGAAUUAUCUGAUGAGGACGUCGACGUGCCAUCACACAUGGUUCCUCCGAAUCCGGACGACUCGGACGUCCUUCCAUCACAAGUACAUCCGUCAUACCCUUACGGCAAUCCGCUUAAUCUGAAACAUCCUGCCGCUAGACCUCGGCGGCCUUUUGACCCGGGAUCGCGUGCACUGUUCGAAGAUAUGGGGUACUCCGGAGGUGGAGUAAACGGUUCAUUGCGGUGGAAGGACCUCGCUCUGGACACACUCUUUCCUGUGGAUGAGGCUCGAGAGCUGGCUGAGAAGGCAGCACAAGCUAGAAAGAUGGCGAGCGGGACGAGUGCUAAUAAUCCACCUCCACCGCCGCCGCCGCCGCCUCCUAUACAGCCUGCAGAUGAAGAAGAGGAGGAAGAAGAGGUCGAGAACGACGAAAACGACCAUGAGGACAACGAGAACGGGGAUGAUGACGGAAGCGAAGGCGAGUCCAGUGCUGAUGAAGAGGAAGCCUGA